AGUUAAAUUCCAGAAUUCGCAAAAAGCGGUCGCAAAAAACUGAAAAACACAGAAAAACAUUAACAAAACCAACCGCCAACAAAAAGUGCAAGUGAUUUAAUUCAUUUGGCAUAAAUCUUUCGUAAAGAUUUAUAUCCAAUAUAUAACAAAUAUAAUUUUCCGGAUUAUAAAAAUCUAAAUAAUUCAUAUACACAAAUAUACAAGAUGCGUAGCACCGGUGCAAAUAGUAUGAAGUUGGCCAAUGCUUUUAUUUUGCUGCUCGUCUUGCCAGCUUGUCUGGCGGAUCUGAAGUGCUACGUUUGCGAUAAUUGCAAUGAGGUGACCAAAGAUACACCGAUGAUGUUGUGUAACGCUGACUUUUUCAAUAAUGCUGGCAGCACUGAAGCCUCAACAUCCGAAACUACAACUCCAGCAGCCACCACAACUGCAAUCACCAUGUCCACUGUGACAACACCAUCGAGCACCAGCACCACGGACCCAACCACAACCACAGUAGUCACAGAGGAAACCACCACAGAAGAGUUAACCACAAAUGAGAUCACUACCGAAAUCGCUGAAACCACUGUGCCACCACCGCCAUCGGCUCAGACAAUCGCUCCCGUAGAGACAACCACGUCGCAUCCCACUCCAGCAGAUCAGGGUUCCGUUCUGAAUGCACGCCGGCGUCGUGCACUGACCGAAACAGGCUACACCUAUCACUGCUACACAGUUGAGACAGCUGAGAAUGUCAGCAAACGCGGCUGCUCACGUGUUGAUUCACAGCAGGCGGUUUGCACGGAAGUGGAGAAGGAUGGAUUUGUGCCGAAGGGCAGCACAUGUGUGCCUUGCAGCAUGAAUGCGUGCAAUGGUGCCACAUCUGUGUUGCAAUCAUCGCUGCUGGUGACGAUUCUACUUGCUGUUGUUGCCGCCGCUGUGCAACGUAACUAAGUACAUGGAGAAGGAGUAAAAGGAGAAUGACAAAAAGAAGGAGUAAAAGAAGAAUCCUAAACCGUUUCACCGAUCACUCCAAAUCCCGGUGUUAUUUAGUACAUAUUGCUCAUUUUUAUAAGGCACACACACACACACACACAUAUAUAUACACACAGAGUCAUCACAAUCUGCAAUCUGCUCUCAUUUGUUAAGUCCGACAACAUUUUAUGUAUUUUGUAAGCGACACACACACGAAUAUCGAAAUAUAAAUAUAC